AUGAAAAGACCAUCUACAGCUGGGAUGCAAAAGCAUAAUUAAUCACCUAAAGCUUUCAAAUUGAAUUCAAAAUUAUCAGAAGAAAAUCUGCAAUAGAAAUAAUUCUAAUUAUCUAAAACAUUGUCUAAAUUACAAUUUGAAUAAAGAAAUCUUUAAUAAUAAAUGCAUUCAAUAGAAGUACAUUAUUAUAUACAUAAAAUAGUAAGAGAAAUAAAAGUCUAAAAUUGUUUAAGAUGAAAAAUAGGGAAAUUAGAGUUGGCUAGGAAUAAAACUGAAAAUCUAAAUUAAUUAGCUUAAUUCACAAAUUGAAGAAAAGCAAGGUCAAAUUAAAUAAUUGUAAAAGAAUCCUAAUUUUACACGAGCAUAAGAGUAAAAUAUUCUUAUAGAAUAUCUCAAUUAUUGUUCAUCAUCAUUAAAAUAGGAAUAAAAUUUGAUGCCAGAUGAAGUUGAAGAGUUAAAAGUAGAAAUCUAAGAAUUAGAAAUAACAAAGAAAUUAUUGGAAGAGUAAAGUGAAAAUCUUUCAAUUUAAAAAAGUUUACUUGAAAAAAAAAUCUCAUAACAAUAUUUAGAACUAGAUCAAACUAAAAAUGAACUUAAAGAGAAAGAAAGAGAUCUUAGAUAUUUAAAAAAAGAAAUGAUUAAAUUUGAAGAGAAAUAAAAAGAAACAUAAUAAAAUUAAAAAGUAACAAUUAAGAAGAAGGAGAUUAUUGAUAUAGAUGACAAAAAGGCUGAAAUAAUAGAGAAAGAUCAAUAAAUAAGUUAAUAAGAAUAGAUAAUUAAUUAAUUAAAGGAAAAGUUGUAAGAAAGAACGAAUUAUGAAUUGAGAAGCAAAAAUGCAUUGAUUGAUGAAUUAUAAGCAUUAAAUUAGUAAGUAUAAUAGAUGAGAGAUGAAUUGAAAGAAUUAAAUGAAUAUUACUUGGCAGAAAUCUAACCUUUAGAAACUGAAUCUUUGCCUAUAAUAUAGGGAAAUAGAGAUCACACAUUUACAAUUUUACAUGAUGUUUACAACAAACAAGAGAAAAAAUUUCCAAAAGCACCAAGAGUUAGAUAUGAAUAGGUUUAAGAUAUGGGAAAAGAAUUGAGUUUAAGAUUGCAAUUAAAAUAAAUAACUGUAAAUGAAGCAUGUGCUAUCUUAAUUUAACCUGCAAUCAAUAAUACCAUUAAUAUUGAAUAAUUAUAAGAGUAAUUACUAUAAGAACCAUUUACAAUGGCUGAUCCUAAUGAAGCUAAAUUAAUAGCCAGAUAUAUUGUAGAAGAUGUAAAUGAUGAAAUUGUUAGUUUGGAUCCUUAAGCUUCUAUUAAAUUGCCAGUAGUAAAAUCUGUUUUUAGACAUUUACUUAAUUGUUAUGAUUUAUUGACUGCUGAAUAAGAUAAAUAAUUAUGGGAAGAAGUGAGUGCUAUUGUUAAUAAGUAUGAAACAGCUUUGAGAAGUUAAUUUGAUUUACUAAAUAAAUAAUAACAUGGAUUUAUGAAACCUAAGGAUUUGUUUUUUUGUUUAGAUUAAUUAUUUUUAGAUCUAACUGAUAUUUAAAAGGAAUAUGUAUUAUUAAGACUAUUUGCAUAUACAAAUAAUAUCAAUAAGAUUAUGCACAUGAAAAUUUUUGAUGUGUUUAAAUCUGGAUCCUACAUUGAUAGGGUUUCAAAGGAUAGUAGAAAGAAAAAGAAACAAAGGUAAACUGCUAAGAAAAUUGAAAUUCAGAAGUAAGAUAUUGAUGAUUUUGAUUGA